AUGUUCCGUGGCACAUUUCGAGCCCUUUAUCCUUGUAUAUUAACUCCAUCAACUCACUUACCGAUCUCCCCUACAUUCGUGCAUACUGCUGCUGAGAAGAUGGCUCAGUCUAAUAGGCUCCUGAUCUAUGUGAUGCGACGGGACUUAAGGGUGACCGAUAAUCCCAUACUGCAUGAACUUACUAAAACAAAGCAUGGCUUCACUCACCUUCUACCUUUGUAUACUUUUUCAGCGGAGCAAAUUGAGGUCAGCGGGUUUUUACAAAGCGGCGCUCAAAGCCCAUAUCCAGAGGCGCGGAGUAAAGUUGGUUCUUUUUUUCGGUGUGGUCCUCACCGUGCCAAGUUCAUCCUUGAAAGUGUGAUUGAUGUCAAGAAGGAACUAGAGAAUCUUGGGAGUGGUUUAUGCAUUCGUGUUGGGAUGCUCGGUGAGGUAGUAGAAGAUUUAUUAACAAAAUUUGCGUCAAAUAAAGUCAAGGUUGCAGCGCUAUGGAUGACAAGCGAUCAUGGUUAUGAAGAAAAGAUAGAAGAAAUUGCUGUUCAUAAAAUGUGCCAAGCUGCUAAAGUUGGUUUUCGACUCUUUGCUGAUGAGAAAUAUCUCAUUGAUGAUCGUGAUCUUCCAUUCGAUAAUUUUCGAGAUCUCCCAGACGUCUUCACCAGCUUUCGAAAGAGUGUCGAACCACUUCGAAGCAAUCCGCGGAAACAGCUGCCAGCACCGCAAGUCGGAUCACUUCCUCAAUGUCCCGAAAUUAUACCUCCCCAACUCGCGCCAUUCGCUAUUCCUGAAUCUUCGCAAGGGUUACAGGAAGCUCUUCUCAAACCUCUUCAUCCGCAGGCAUUUUUAAGGCAUCCUCCAACAUAUCCAUCAAAAGCGAUAUCUAGCUUUCCCCUUAAGGGCGGCUGCUCUCACGCUCUAGACCGUCUUCAUCAUCUAUUAUCAACCUCAUGUAUAACAGAUUAUCAUGAAACCCGUAACGGCUUACUUGGUGCCGACUAUUCAACAAAGCUAUCACCAUAUCUCGCACUUGGUUGUAUAACUGCGCGUCAAAUUCACCAUAGUAUGUUAUCAUUCGAAAAUGGAACAAAUUCAGAUUUAUCUUCAGUACACGGAUAUGGUGAAGGUGAGAAUAGUGGAACUAAAGCAGCGCGUUUUGAGUUACUUUGGCGGGACUACAUGCGGCUCUGUGCUAAAAAGUUUGGACUUAAACUCUUUCGUCUCUCAGGCUUCAAAGGACCGGAUAGUCAUGGAACAAAAUGGCAAUCUCCUAAUAAAAAGUAUCCUGUAAGUUUGAAGCCAGAAUUACAAGAGAAGAUUGAUAGAUUCCUCAACGGAACCACCGGAAUGGGAUUGGUGGACGCAGCAAUGCGAGAGCUUUUUCAUACCGGAUUCACCUCAAAUCGCACGCGCCAGAAUGUUGCAUCUUAUCUCGCUAAGCAUCUUAAUAUCGAUUGGCGCAUUGGAGCAGAAUGGUACGAAUGUAUGCUUAUAGAUCAUGACGUUUCAUCUAACUGGGGUAACUGGCAAUACGUUGCGGGCGUUGGUAAUGAUCCUCGUGGUUCCGAUCGUGUGUUUAAUCCUGUGAAGCAAGCAUUUGAUUACGAUCCUAUCGGCGAAUAUAUUAAGACUUGGUGUCCGGAGUUACGUGCGCCAGGUCUUAGGCCUAGUGAAAUAUAUCAGGCGUGGACGAUAGACGAAUCAAGAAGGGAAGGUCUGGGCUUAAAAGGUCUGGUUCAGGUAGAAAAACCACUCCGCAUGAUCCAGUAUACAAAUCACGGGCGUGGACGUGGUCAACGGCCAAAACAAUAUCAGAGAACAGGCCCUCUAGAUAAAGAGUCAGCCGACUAUGGUGGAUAUGGGUAUGGAAGUACGAGAGGACAUUUGAGCUCUUCUCGGGGCAGAGGCAGGAGGAGUAGAGGUUAA